AUGGUGAAUUUUACACAUGUCUCAGAGUUUGUUCUACUUGGAUUCCAAGGGGGUCCCGGAAUGCAGGCAAUGCUAUUUCUGAUUUUUCUGAUCCUCUAUGGCAUAGCUGUGGUGGGAAACCUUGGCAUGAUUGUAAUUAUCUGGGCAGAUGCACACCUCCACACCCCAAUGUAUGCCUUCCUGCAAAGCCUUUCAUUGUUGGACAUCUGCUAUUCUUCCACAAUUGCACCCAGGGCUCUGGUGAACUCGAUGCAAGAGGACCACACAGUUUCCUUUGGCGGGUGUGCUGCUCAGUUCUUUUUCCUGUCUCUGUUUGGUACCACGGAGGCUUUCCUCCUGGCUGCCAUGGCCUAUGACCGCUUCAUCGCCAUCUGCAACCCUCUUCUGUACUCUGUGAGCAUGUCUCACCGGGUCUUAAUAUCAGGAUCCUACUUGUGGGGUGUAGUCAAUGCCGUUGCUCAAACAACCAUGACCUUCAGGUUGCCUUUCUGUGGGUCCAAUGAGAUCAACGACUUUUUCUGUGAUGUUCCCCCACUCUUGUCCCUCUCAUGUUCGGAUACGUUUAUAAACCAACUGGUUCUUCUUGGUUUAUGUGGCUCCAUUAUUGUCAGUACCUUCUUGAUUGUCCUGGUCUCAUACAUUUACAUCAUCUCAACAAUUCUGAGGAUUCCGACCACGCAGGGACGCCAGAAAGCCUUCUCCACGUGCACCUCCCACCUAACAGGAGUGUGCUUGUUUUUUGGUACCGUUUUCUUCAUGUAUGCACAACCCAGUGCCAUCAUCUUUAUGGAGCAAAGUAAAAUAGUGUCCAUAUUCUACACUAUUGUCAUCCCCAUGCUGAAUCCCCUGAUAUACAGCUUGAGGAACAAAGAGGUCAAGCAGGCUCUGAGACGGAGCAUGCAGAAGCUGUCUUUGUGA